AUGGUCGACAGGUUACUCUUCCGUUUUAAUUGUCAGGAGGUCUAUGUGAGUCCAUGCUGUGCAUCCAAUGAUCCCAUCUUGAACAGAGAUUCACCACCUUUUAAAGCCGUACUGGAUUCUUUAAACGGAUGUCAAGAAGUCAACCCAGACGAGUUUAGUGUUAUGGAAGAUAUUUUAUCACCAACUCAUACAUUUCUUGAUUUUGACUUUUCAGAGUUUAUCGAUAAAAACUUUGAUAUGAAUAAUGACAUAUUCAACUCUCCGAACUCAAAGUCGCCUUUACUACAGUUAGAUGAUUUUUUAUCUUCUAGUAGUGAUUCAGGAUCAGAGUCGAAAAAUUAUCUUGACCAAAGCCCUCCACAAUGGUCGACUAUGGAAAACCUGUCUUUUAACAAAGCCCCGCCCACUCUAUCAUGUAUUGAUGACUUUAUCAAGGAUCCUCAUAGUGAUCUCGUUCAACUUGUUCAACAAUGUAACAUUGAAUGUUCCUUAUUUCAGAAUUUAAUUGCACAUAGUUUAGCAGAACAUGUGUCGACCACACCUCAACAGAUAUUACAAGAACAACAACAGCAGCAAGCAUUGUACCAACAACAACAGCUACAAAAAUUACAGCGACAGAAUUAUGUCAAUCAAUUUCCACAGCAACUGUUGGAUAUUCAAACGUUUCAAAAUUACCAACCUCCCAUGGAGCCACAAAGGAAAAGAAAAAUCAAUAAUGACAACAACAUAGUACAGCCACCUCAAAAGCGAGUAUCCAAAAGUAGUAGCUAUUCAUCCAACAAUUCGAGCUAUACACACAGUGAUUCCGUCAAUGCACACUUGUUACGCGAACUUAUACGACAAGCCGGUAGAAAUAGUAUACAUCGUAAUGGCAGUAUGGACAGCACAUGUAGCAGUAGCAUUGCUAGUAGCAACAAUGGCAACAACAACUUAAUAUUUCCACCAGAUUAUAACACUCGAAAUUUUUUGCCUGACGGAAAUUAUCAGCCAUAUCGUCAUCCUUAUUAUACAGCAUCAUCAUCGCCAUCAUCACGCCAUAGUUUGCCAUAUCACAUCCAGACAAAAAAAAUAUCUACCAAGCUUCCCAAGAAUGCAAUUAACCGAUCCUCUAGUGCAACAAAACCCGCCCGCCAUCCUAUGGGCAGACCUUCCAUGUACUCCUCUGACAUUUCUCAGGCUCAAUUAUUAGAAAUACAGGCUAUUUCAAGAGCCCAACAAGACUUUAUUCGUGCUAGAGAGCAGCAAGAAGCAGAAAAAGAAAUCAUGAUGAAGCAUCAGCAUAAAAAACAAGGUGUUUAA